AUGGGGAGCUCAAAGUUGAAACUCGCGCUUCUCCUAUUUGGAAUCAGUCAUAUGUUCACUGCAGUUGCCCCGGAAUGCUUGGAUUUGAAUGAGAUAAAGAAGCCAAGUGAUGGAUGUGAUGAUUGUGAGACAAUCACAAAUCAUGAGCACACAUAUCCAAACGAAAAGCCAUGCACACUGCAACCGAUAAAGGAACCGAUAUGCACAUGUAAGCCGGGUUUCGCGAGAAAGAAAGAUCCGAUUAAUCUGCUUGACAAUGGAACUUGUGUGCCUGUUGAGGAAUGUCCCAAGAUCGAGACAACUGAUCCAGUGAUAGUUCCUCGGUGUCCUCCAGGACAAAUCUCUGGACUCUUUGAUGGAUGCAAUACUUGUGCGCAAGCUCUGUCAAAGCCUUCAUGUAUCAAGAAAAAAACAAUGGGUUGUCAUUGCUCAAAGCCGGGAACCAAAUCAAACUCGAAAAAGGAAUGCGUUCCGGAAGCUGAUUGCAAAAACGAUCAGCCAAGCGGCAGCGAAGAUCCUCAAUGCAAAGAGAAUGAGGAAAAGAAGAAAGCGGAAUGUGACGAUUGUUUGACAAGGAAAAAGAUAACUGGACAAUCAAGUAAAUGCACAGUACGCCCGGUGGAGAUUGGCAAAGAGACAUGUGUUUGUAAAGACGGUUUCGCGAGACUUGAAUCGACGAAUUCACUCGUAAAGGGUGUUUGCGUGAAAAUCGAAAGUUGCCCAGCACCAAAAGAGAGCAAAUGCACACGAGAAGAGGAAAUGAAGCCGGCCACUUGUGACGAUUGUGCAACAAUAGUUAAGAUCGAUGGAAACUCGAGUACAUGUAAGGUACCCAUUGGUGCUAAAGAACGAUGCACUUGCAAGACUGGUUUCGCGAGAAUUGGCGAUCCGAAUAGUGCAUCGAAAUUGGAUAGAGGUUUUUGCAUCGGAAUCGAUAGUUGUCCAAAAUCAGAGCCUAAAUGCUUGGAAAAUGAGGAAAUGAAGAAGGCGGAAUGUGAUGAUUGUGCAACGAGAAAAGGGGAACUGAGUACAUGCAUAACACCUCUUCGCGCCAAAGAUCGAUGCACUUGUAAGGCCGAUUUCGCGAGAAUUGGCGAUCCAAACAGUCUAACGGAUAGGGGCACUUGCGUGCAAAUCAACAAAUGCUCAGCGGAACCAAAAGAGCUGAAAUGCGAAGAAAACGAGGAAAUAAAGAAAGCGACAAAUGAAUGUGAUGAUUGCUUGACGCGGAAAAAAAUCGACAAGCAGCCAAGCAAAUGCACAGUACGCCCGGCGGAGAUAGGCAAAGAGAAAUGUGUUUGUAAAGACGGUUUCGCGAGACUUGAAUCGACGAAUUCACUCGUAAAGGGUGUUUGCGUGAAAAUCGAAAGUUGCCCCGCGAAGAGACAAGAUUACGAUGUAGCUGAGACGUGCGAAAAAUCGAAUGAGGAGCGAAUCAAGAAUACUGGAUGCGAUGAUUGCGAAAGUCGACAAAACGGUCAACCAAGCAAAGACUGCGCGCGUCCAGAGGCGAUAAGUUGUGUUUGCAAGCCAGAUUUCGCCCGACUCAAUGGUUUAUGCGUCAAGAAGGAAUUGUGUCCAACAGCAGUAGAUCCAAUAAAAUGUCCACCAUUUGAAGUGCACGGUCUCCGGGACUAUUGUGAUCACUGCUAUUGGAAGCAAGCGAACGAGAAAUGCCCAUACAAGAAAGCCACCGAGAAGGGUUGUGCCUGUCCAACAGCGACUCAUGGUCGUCGUCGUAGUAGUGAAUGUGUUCCAUUCGACAAAUGCCCGCCACUCAUCCGUGGAUGGCUGCCCGAGCCCGCUUACUAUGGAAUGGAUGAUCCCGAUCACGUU